GCCUGUGCGCGCCUGAGUUCCCGGGAUCGGUUUCUCGGGGUUUGACCAGCUGUCCCAGGCUAACCCUGCUCUCUGAAGAUGGAGGAAGUAAAAAAAAAAAACCAUGCAGGAUUACCCUUAGCUACAGAUCCACUGCCUUAGUUUCCAUAACCAACUGCGGCGCGCAAACAUACGAGCGUUACGCGCAGGAGGAGAGGAGGAAAGAAAAGGAAAGAAAAGGAGGGAGGGAGGGGGCUUAAAGAAGCUCAUUAACAAAACAAACAAACAAGGGUGAUGGAACUGAUUUGCAACAUGCUCUGCUGCUGAGCACUGCACUUUGACUAUGGAAGCAGAGGCUACUGAUGGAUACAUGCCAUGUGACAAUGAACUUUCGCCCGAAAGGGAUCACUCCAAUAUGGCAAUUGACCUCACCUCAAGCACACCCAAUGGGCAGCAUACCUCACCAAGUCACAUGACAAGCACAAAUUCCAUAAAGCUAGAAAUGCAAAGUGAUGAUGAGGAUUCUGACAGGAAGCCCCUGAGGCGGGAAGAUGGGAUCAGGGGUCAUAAUGAAGGGAGCAGCUUGGAAGAGCCCCUUACUGAGAACCACGAGAUGGUGGAGAACAGAAAAAUUCAGGAGCUGUCAGGCGAGGGAGGAAUCCGGCUUCCGAAUGGUAAACUGAAAUGUGACGUCUGUGGCAUGGUUUGCAUUGGGCCCAAUGUGCUUAUGGUACAUAAAAGGAGUCACACUGGUGAACGUCCCUUUCACUGUAACCAAUGUGGAGCUUCCUUCACACAGAAGGGGAAUCUACUGAGGCACAUCAAAUUACACUCUGGGGAGAAACCGUUCAAAUGUCCCUUCUGUAGCUAUGCUUGCCGGAGAAGGGAUGCCCUCACAGGACACCUCAGGACGCACUCGGUGGGUAAACCUCACAAGUGUAACUACUGCGGACGGAGUUACAAGCAACGCAGCUCUCUGGAGGAGCACAAGGAACGCUGUCACAACUACCUUCAGAAUGUCAGUAUAGAGGCUGCUGGGCAAGUCAUGAGUCACCAUGUAUCUACUAUGGAAGAUGGUAAGGAGCAAGAUCCUGGGAUGGACAACAAUGUUACUCUGGUGCCUUUUGAAAGACCUGCUGUUAUAGAGAAGCUGACAAGCAACAUGGGAAAGCGUAAAAGCUCCACCCCACAGAAGUUUGUGGGUGAGAAGCUCAUAAGAUACGGUUACCCUGAUAUACAUUUUGACACGAACUUGCCCUAUGAGAGAGAUACUGAGCUGAUGCAGACUCACAUGAUGGACCAAGCGAUCAACAACGCCAUUUCUUACCUUGGGGCAGAGGCACUUCACCCCCUGAUGCAGCACACGCCAAGCACAAUUGCUGAUGUAGCCCCCGUCAUAAGUUCAGCUUAUGCUCAGGUCUACAACCCUAACAGGAUAGAAAGACCAAUGAGCAGAGAAACUACUGACAGCAAUGAAAACAACAUGGAUGGCCCCAUCUCCCUCAUCAGACCAAAGAGUCAGCCCCAGGAAAGAGAGGCUUCUCCCAGCAAUAGUUGCCUGGAUUCCUCUGACUCAGAGAGCAGCCACGAAGACCACCAGUCCUACCAGGAAAACCCUGCCUUAAAUCCCAAAAGGAAGCAAAGCCCAGCUUACAUGAAGGAGGACUCCAAGGCUUUGGAUGUCACGAAAGCAUCUAAGGGCUCUUUAAAGGAUAUCUACAAAGUUUUCAACGGAGAAGGAGAGCAGAUAAGGGCCUUUAAGUGUGAGCACUGCCGAGUUCUUUUCCUAGACCAUGUCAUGUACACCAUCCACAUGGGGUGUCAUGGCUAUCGGGACCCAUUAGAAUGCAACAUUUGUGGCUACCGGAGCCAGGACCGCUAUGAGUUCUCCUCACACAUUGUUCGAGGAGAGCACACGUUCCACUAGGCCUUCUCUUCCAAAGGGGACUCUGAGGUGGGGGGCGGGGACCCGCAGACACUGCACAUGAAGAAAUACUGCACUUACAAUUCCACUUUUCCUCAGACGUUGACACACCUUUUGUUGUUGUUAUUAUUUUUGUUGCUUUUUUAAAAAAAACCUUUAUUUUUGUUGUUAACCUUACUGGACCCAGUCUCACUUGGUACCAGUGAUAAGGAAGAAAGGAAGGAAAUAAGGAAGGCAAGGGACUAGAGUAGUUCUGUUGUUAUUGUUGCUUUUGCUCUGAAAACUGGUGUUAACUGUUUCAGUGGAAAUCGAAAGGCAGUCCAUUUCUGUCAGGUUUUUUUCUCUGUACGUUUUGUAAUACCUUGGGUACUGCUGAACUCUACUAGGUGCUCUAACGUCUUAGCAAAUUGUCAGCUUUUGGUAAACAAUUUCAGGUAAACACAUUUCAGAGGAAAGCCCUUUCAAAUAUGUAGAUACAUUUUGGGGGUUGAGAAUUGGGAGUGGAAUAUUAUUUUGCAAAAUUGUCCAUCAAGGGUGUGAGGAGGUUUAGUAUAAAGCUAACCCAAAUUCUUUAGAUUUAGGAGCACAAGCAAAUACCAUUAUUCACUCAGACAUUACUUCCUACAGUGAACUACUUUCCUUGGGGUUCUGUGUUGCUUUUCUUGAAUAUAAAUGAAAUGCUUAGGUUUAAUACUGAAACAAUAAAAUAGAAGCUUGAUUUUAUAUUUAUGACGAGACAUCCUGCAGGACACUUGGAAGUCCUACAAUAUUAUUUUACUCAUCCUGACAUGCACUUUUAAAACAAAGGGCAAGAGAAUUACUGAGAUGUUCUUGUGUCAUAAAUAUUAAUUUCCCAGCUUCAUCCAGGCACUUAAUUUAGUUGGGCCCUGUGUACAAUGAAAGAUAUUUUCAAAACUAGUGGAGAUCUAUGCAUGUUUACUCAGAAGUAAGCUCCACUGAGUUCAGCAGGAGUUUCCUUCCUAGUAAGUGUGCUUAGGAAUGCAGUUUUAGAGGUGCAAAUGUCACGUUUUAUGUAACAGAUUCUGCUGCUUAACAGUCUUGGGCAUACUAAUCAGAAAUGCAUUUUAAUGAUGAAAUGUUUCUAUUUUUCAUUUUAUUCUCUGCAGUGUUAAUUGCUCAACAGCCAUCUAAAAUUAGACUUAAACUUAGCAGAGCAUCAUGGAUUGGGGGUGCUUCUGUCAUUCUGAAUGCUGUGUGGCAGUUGCUGGGGUGGCACUGCUUAUUUGACCUUCUGCCACUGCUGUUGCCGUCGUGGCAGCAAGCUCAGUGUGGUGCAAACACACCAGCAGGAGAACCCGAUUGGCUCCACCAUUGCCUCCCCCCCUCCCACUCCUGGUAUGUCCCAGCAGCUUCAGGGACAGGAUGUCUGGGAAGCAGCCCCACCCCUCCAACCUGAUCUUACUGCAGUGGCGGUUGAUUCAUGUUUCAGUCAACAUUUCUAGUUUACAUAUGCAAAGAUUUCCAGAGAAUAUUAGAACUGCUUCACACAUGGUAUUUUUUCUACACAAAUUUUGGGUUGGGGGGCACUUCCAUGUUUUGUAAAAAAUUCACAAAUGUCUAUUUUGCCACAAGUAAACAUAUGAAACCCAUGGUUGUUUGGUUUCCAUCUAUCUAGCCAUAAUAAAAUAGAUACUUCUUUCGUGAAUGACAGUAUAUGUAAGGAUAAAUGGAAUUCUGACAACAUACAGGAAAACAAUCGUGUGUGAAGCAAUCUUAAUUCCCUCUUCUCUCUCCCUCUCUAGUGUCUCUCUCACACACAAACGUCUCCCAUCUUGUUGCUGUGUACUUGGGAGUUCACAGCCAGUUGUAAAUUCUGCUCACAUUUGCAAAUGAGAGAUACUGCCCUCAUAUUGUUUAAAUGACCAUUCAUUUCAAGCUAAAAUAGAACUAAGUCAAGAACCCUAAUUUAUCUGGAGGAUAAUUUAUUGACUAGCAACUCACUUCAGUUUCUAGUUAAUUCCCUGAUCAUUAGCAUAUGAGAAAUUAAACUAAAUUAAGAGAUUACAAAUCUUGAGGUUGUGUAAAUGAGCCCUCCGUUGGCUGUACUUAGGUGAGCUAGAUUCUGAACUUUUAUUUUUAAUAGGUUUGUGGUUUUUUUGCUUAGAGAUACUGUUUUGCUUUAAAAAACAACAACAGUGGCUACCUCACUUUUUUUUUUUACAUCCUUAGUUGUUUUCCCAACCUUUGGGUUGAGAUGUUUGCACAUCUUGUUGUUAAACAAGGAGAGUAGUUAAAAGUGGUGCAUGCAAUUGAAUUAGAUAAGGUUUUAAGGUUGUUUCUUAAAUCUUGAGCAGACUAUUUAUAGUUUUUUGUUUUUAUAUAUUUUUCUUCAGCCUAUUAGAAUAAACACAAGGUAGUCAACUCAUUCAGUUUUUAAAAGUAUCUGAAGAAUGAAUCCUCUCAGUGCAAGAUGAGAAGGAUGGGCAACUGUCCUAGUUUGCUUUAUGUGGGUCCACGGCAGCAUUGAUUCAAACUCAAAAUGUCCCAUAUGGUGGUUGCAAGUGGAAGUAGUUAUGGAUCUUAGAAAUGUGUUUCUAGACAUGUUUAUGAGCCAUCUGACUACAGUAAAACCAAAAGGGUGACUCUUGUCAGUAUAUGUGCUCAUCAUCUAUGCCUCUCUGGUAGGAGGGCUUGGUCGUGUUGCUUUGCUUACCUUUCCAGGUCUGCAGCUAUAGCAGAAAGGAACUGUGUGAUUUAAGAUUUCCUGCAGGAAACAUGUUUGGCUGGUUCAAUCUAUGUUUCAAGGGUAGAGCAUUCUGCAGUUGUUAUGCAGAAGCUACUAAAAGUUUCAUUAAUAAACUCGUCUAAAAUGCAAGAAGAAAUAUUGAUGUGAUGUAAGGAUUUCCUGGCAGGAAAUCUUAGGGCAAAAUGGUGAGUUCUGACCACAUUUGUAUAGUUGGCCUCUUAAUUUUUACUUAAUCUUUUAUUCCAGGAUGAAAAAUUACAAUGUCAAAGCCCUGAAUUAUCCAGGUGCUCUUUUAUUGACUGACAGCUCACUUUGACUUAUGAUUGCUCCCUUAAGCAUGUUUUAAAUGAGAGUUUAAAUUAAUUAAGAGGUUACUAUUUUCAUAUUGUGAUGGUGUAAACAAAUUUUCAUUUUUUACUGAUCUACUUUUACAAUAGAUCUACACACCCACACCCAAAUUGCUCUUUGAACUAUUCUUAACCCAACAAGCAGCUUGGCAAUCAGGCAAAAGGCUUUUCACAAGGAAAAAGCAACCAGUUCCUUCUGUUUCCACUCUUCCCUGGUUGCCAGUCUGCUUUAUGACCUAAAGCAGGUUGGGAAUAUUCUAAAAAAACGCCGCUCAGAAAAAAACAAAACAAUGGGUGCACACCUGAAACACACUCAGUUGCCUCUUUGGAUUCCAGUCCCUGUCUUUUUCAACCGAAUGGUUUUAUAAUCUCCCUUUGUCCUUGUAAUUUGCAAUCAUGGUACAGGCAGAGCUCAGGAAAGACUAUCUGCCACUAACACUCUUCCUUCUUGCUCUCAGUCGUGCAGGUCACAUUCUGAACGACCAUUUCCCCCACUCCCCCAACUGAUUCCACUGAAAAGCUUCCAUGCCUGAAGGGAGCUGUCAAAAAGCUGUUCACAAAGAUGACUAUUGAAAGUAAAGUUGUGUCCGCACCGAAUCAGCCCCACCAUUGCAUUGCACCGCAUGAUGUGCACUUUCACAGUUGUUGGAAGAACUCAGAGAGCAAGAAGCUUAUACAGUCCAAUCACAAAAUAGGUCUUUGGGGGGCGGGCAGCUCUAGCAUGCUUUUUGUUUCCCAUAGAAAUGUGUCCAUCAGCAUCCUUGAAGGGUUUCAGAAGGACAGGGUGUGAGAUCCCGGAAUGGGGCAUAUGUUGCCAGGAACUCCUCUGUCAAACUGGGCUAUAUGAGGCAGGUGGGGAAGUGUCAUUCCUGCUGAUUAACGUUAGAGAUGAAAGUAAAGAGGCAUCACUUUCUGUACUGAUCUGUUUUCAAUAAGCAAAAUUAUUUGCUGAAGAAAAAACAGUAUAUUUGACAUUGGUCUUCCUGGCUUAGCAAUAUCUGAAAACCUUUGUUUUAUGUAAGAUCUGUCAGGAGAGCAAUACUAUGGUCUGGAGAGAGCUGGGUGCAGGAAUCCUACCUCUGCAUUACAUAUGUCCUUAUAACCUCCCUAUUUGUUCUAUUUGGCUCUGUGUCAGUGCUGAUUUAGCCACAGAACUGUGAGUCCAUUGACCUGAUAUAUCCCAGCCUAAUAAAAUACAGGCUUUCUGACACCUCCUGCACAUAAACAAGUCAUUAUAUUGGCAGUUUGAACAAUGGGAGGUAACCACAAGUCCAGGGGUUUUAGGGGGAAAGGGGAUCUAUUCAGAUAUCUUACUUAUCCUGGAAUUAAUGACCAAAUCUACAAAUUACAUGGGGAUACUUUUUAAGUAUCAUGUAAAUUGAACAUUUGCAGAAACUCAUGCAAUGCCUAGAUGAUUCAAAUCUGAUAAUGUUCAAUUCUGAGAUUGAGCAUACAUUUUCUUCAAGUCUUUAAGGAGUAAUAGAUGUUACUGCAUCUGUUACCUUUUCAAGAUUUUCUCAUUCGUUUUGUAUUUAUCACACACACUCACUCACAGAAUGCAUCUCCCAACAAGUAUUUAUUGGCAUGUUUUAAACAGUGAGGGUUUAGAUUAAAUUAUAUUCAAUAUUCUUAAAAUACUAUAGUAUAUUGAUUAGAGCAGUGUGAAGUAUUAUUGCAAGAACAAUGAUCAAAGAAUUCAAUGUGGCAAACUUGUAUUCUGCAAUGUUUUAAUAAGGCUGCAGUCCUUAAAAACAUAUUGGAAUACUUUGGUUGAAGGGUCGGCUGAGCUCAGAGGCACUAAUUGUGGCUUGCAGCUUGGCUGCUUUGAAGCUUGGCAGCAUAUAAAGUGAAAUCUUCAGUAUGGUCAAAAUAAGGGUGAAAUACCGUAAGCUUGUAAAAAGAAGAAAUUGAAUUUGAAUCUUCAUCAGCGUGAAAUCAGCAUAAUUAUUUUAAAAUUUGGGUUGCUAUAGGUUCUAUGUCAAGCUUGAAAUUUGAGGAUCUCUGGCAGUUCUCAAGAGGCAAAAUUGCCCACAAUUUAAGUUCAGUUGAUUACUUAACAUUAACAUAAUGGAGGGAGGGAAAUUGCUUAGGAGAUUUUUGUUUUUAUUAAUAACAGUGCUUUGAAACUGGAAGAUCUUUCUGUUUUCCAAACAGCGCAUGCUUCUGUUGUGAAAGUAAAACAAAAUGGAAAUGUUUCUAUUGAUUUUGAUCGGAUGGUUCAAUUUUAAUUUGACUUUAAACUAUUGUUUCAGUAAAACCCUUGAAAAAUUCACUAAAUUUCACCUAAAUGAAAAGUUCAAACUGACAGAAACCUAACCUUAGGCUUCUUAGAAUUACAGGCUAUGAUGUAUACACAUUUAACUGACAUCAAGACCCAUUGAACUUAUGGGACUUACUUCUGAGAAGACGUAUGUAAGAGUGCACAGUUAAAUGGCUGCUUAGAGAUACAAAAAUAUGUUUUGUUACAUCCCUCAUUUUUCAUUCACUUGUUUUGUAUUGGGUCUUGACUGUACAAAUUAGCAAUUUCCCCAGUUUUGGCUUUUGAUUGGUAGCAAACCCUUAGUGCGUUGAGUUUUCCAAGAACCUUCUAAAACCUUGUAUGCCUACCCAUGGAUUCUGGGGCUUGUUCCAGUGGUGCAUGCAAUUUAUGCUAUGCACUGAUCAAACCUGUUGACCCUCACAGUUGGCCUUCUUGGACUGAAAUUGUGGUCUAGAACAUCUGUACAACAGCUGCAGGCAUGUCCAACAGGUCGAUCACGAUCUCCCCUGGUCACUCCUGGUCGAUCUUUGCAACCCCCCCCCAAAAAAAACCCCUCUGGAAAUGGGUAGAUCACUGGCAGUUGCCUUAUACUGUGAGUAGAUCACAGUCUCUUGGGAGUUGGAUGUGCCUGCUGUAGAGGAAGAGGAGCAAUGGUGGUCAAACUGUCUUUCGAUGGCCUUCCAUUCAGGAAACCCUGCAAUCAGAUGCUCAGCAGGGUUCCAUGGAGCACUGUUUGAAACUCCUUCUCAUAAGCUUUUUUAUUUGUUGGAAGCCACCCAGAGUGGCUGGGGCAACCCAGUGAGACAGGUGGGGUACAAAUAAUAACAUCGUCAUCAUUCUUAUUAUUUCUGGUAGAGUGUUACAAAGAGAGGGUGUUUUUUUUAUUGAAAGUUGCAUGCCACGUGGAGAAGCCUCUUGCAGUAGAGAUGGAAUGGGUGUGUGUCUGUGCUAGCUUCAAAGUAACUAGAUUGCAAGAAAGUUUGCCUUGGAGUGGUGGCGGGGCUUUUAGAGUUACACAGAGGGGGGAACCCUGAAAGUUAGAGAUUAUCAAAUGUUUUACUGUCUGCUACCUGAGACACAAUAUGGCUAGAAUCCAAUGUAGCUCUAAGUCUCUUGUUCCAGUGCAAGGAUUUCAUCUUGUUCAAAUGCUUUCUCCCUCUCCUACCCCUGCUUGCCCCCGAAAAUCUGAUCUAGGGAUUUCUGUGCAAGCAUAAGCAUGGUAACUGAACACCACCAUAAAUACUUAUAUAAGAAACUAAGUUAAACACCAACCCAAAACCAAUAGCUUCAAGUUACAAGAAAGGAAAUUCUGACUAAACAACAGGAAUAACUUUCUUGCAGUAAGAGUUGUUUGACAGCGGAAUGGUCUCCUUUGAGAGAUGGUGGACUUUCCGUCCUUGAAGGUUUUAAGCAGAGGUUGAAUGGCCAUCUGUCAUGGAUGCUUUAGCUGACAUUCCAGCAUUGGGGGGGGGGGCUAGAUGACCCUCGGAAUCCCAUCUAACCCUACAAUCCUAUGAUUCAAGGAUUAUUUAUAAAUUCAAAUUGUAAUUCCUAAAAAAAAAAAAAGGGUUUACAAAUAGGCAAUAGGAUUAGAAAGCCAGUUUCGGUGCCAAACAUUUUAUUUUUCAGAAUUAAACUCUAAGGUCCCCGUCCCUCUUCUUGAGCUUCUCCUUCCUAGCCCAGUGCCUCCAGAACAGCCACCAGCACAUUAAGUGGAGCUGCAGCUGGAGUUGGCAGGAUCGUGGGCUUGCAGAGGAGAUUAUUGGCUCCCAAGGCUUGAGAACUAACCCCCAAAACCGAAGUUGAAAGGUUGGGUUUUUGGAAACCAAUUGCAAAUAUUUGUGCUAAAUAGUAUCUGGAUUUAAUUUUUAAAAGUUGGGGCGUGAUCCAGCCAACACGAAGCUCAUUGAAGCCCAGUUGAUUUCAGUGGGAAAUAUUUAGGGACUUAGCUCCCAUGAGAGCCAAGCGUGGAAUCAGGCCUUUCUUUUUCAGAUUUAUUUCUGCUUUACAGUACAUAGUAGAACUUGAUGUUCAUGUCUGUGAGGGACUGUAACAAAAGAGAAGGAUUUUGGUUAUUUUUGUAGUAAUUCAGAUUUUGAAACUGUGAUUACAGAUUUGACCUAUUAUCAAGCACUCUCAAAUCUUGACCAUAUUCAUGUUUCAUGUCACAUGUAGGAAUUUUUUCUCUGUUUUGUUUUGGUCUCAUGUUGUAGUUUGUUUCCUGUAGCUUUGAGUUGUAUUGUUUUUCAUUUUUAAUUUGUUGUUGGUUGUACAGUCUGUUUACAUAUUUUUGUACUCAAGUGUAGUUUUGUAUUAAAAAAAGAAAAAAGCAGUUGAUCUGAGAUAUAUAUAUAUAUAUACACAGAUAUAUAUUGAGAUAUAUAUAUAUAUAAAGGUAAAUAAUCUUUGUAACUAUCAAACAUAGGUUACUUAGUGAUGGCAACGCUGUAGAAUCAUAAUACUGUAUAUUUGCCUUCCUUUAAAUUUUUGGUUGUGCAUUUCUCUUAAAAUGUGUAUCAUUUUAUGACCGACUGGAAACUUUUAAUGCAUAGCUGAUUAGAAAGAUUUAAAGUAUGUCACUUUCCUGAUGCUUUGAAAGAAAGGUUUUGUGUCUGUCCCGUUGCUGGGCAUGGUUUCUGCCUGCCAAAUCUGCUCUUGAUGCUUCAUUCUCGAACUUGUUUUUAGAUUAUAGCCUGCUGCGCGCAGGCUUGGACCCAUCAUUCAUACAAUUUAGUUUAAGAUGGGGUGUGGGGGAACCUGUCUGGCUGAUUGUCCCAUUCAUGUGCAAUACUUUCCCCCUUAAAAGUCUUAUGGUGCAUUAAAUAUUUGAAUUAUUACUUCAAAGUCUUAAACAAACAUGCGAGCAGGGAAGUAAAUGUGAAGGCUAUUUUUUUUAAACGAAAGUGGUUUUAAAAGAACCUUCAGAGACCUGUUUCCACUUCAGUUCCUCUAAUGAGGAGCCCCAGGCACACCUGCUGUUGAAAUCCAGGCGCAUUGUGCAGUUUGUGGAGCA